AUGGCAACCUCAGCGGAUCACUUCGCCCACCCCUUCGCUGUCCUCGCCGGCGAGUCAGUGAAAGAUCUUGUACCCACCAACGGUAAGGCAUUUCGGAAAUGGACCCAGCAGAAUGAGCAGGAUGCAUUGGACGAAUUUCUGGAAGAGCAUAAGUUCAAGCGCGGCAUUUGUGCCCCUCGAUCAAAGCGCAGUGGGUGGAUUCCCUUCAUGCACAAGGAGAAGAUCUACCCCAUCCACGUUGCCGCCAAGUUGGGGAAAUGUGACAUCCUUCGUAUCCUUUUACGAGCCCAAGUCGAUUCAAAUCAGAAGACCUCGGAUGGUCGUUCCGCCCUGGACAUGGCGCGUGAAGCAGACGUAAAUGGAUCUCACCGCAACGUGAUCGCGCUGCUGCAGCAGCCUGUGAUGUUCCUCGGGGUACGUGAGUUGAUGGCCAUGAAAUGA